AUGGGAAGCGGCCCGAAGCUGGAUGCAAAUAGUAUCUGGUUCAAGGGUCCUUUAUUCCUACAGUUACCGGAGGAAGAAUGGCCAGCUCAAAGAAUACUAUCAUCACCUACGGAAGAAGAGCUGCGACCAUGCUACGCUCUCGGGGUGUUUUAUGUUCCGGGACCUCUUGUAAAGUUGGAGCGAUUUUCUCAACUCGACAGAGCAAUACGCGCCGUUGCCUACGUGUUUCGUUAUCUUCAUAACCUCAAGCGAAACAUCUCACGAGAGGAAAGAUUAGUUGGUCCAUUAACUUCAGAAGAGCUCCAGAAAGCAGAAAGUCUUCUCAUCCGAGAAGCACAGUGGCAGGGGUUUCCAGACGAGAUAAUGGUUCUGAAACGCAAUGCGUCGAAACCGGUAGACGAGCAGACUUCCUUGAUGAAAAGUAGUUCUAUCUACCAGCUGUGUCCGUUCUUGGAUGAACGGAAUAUUCUACGCGUUGAUGGCAGAAUCUCAGCUGCGCCGAAUGUGGAUAAUAAUACUAAGUUUCCAGUGAUCCUUCCUAGAAAGCAUCCUUUGACAGCUCUAAUCUUGGACCGCUAUCACCGUAGAUAUUUGCACGGAAAUACAGAAACCGUAGUGAAUGAAAUUCGCCAGCUUUACCACGUCCCAAGACUCAGAACAGCAGUGACCAAGACAGCUAAAGCGUGUCAAUGGUGUCGAGUAUACAAGAGUUCUCCGAAAGUUCCCCGUAUGGCACCGUUGCCCUUAGCAAGAAUGGCAUCUUUUGUACGACCUUUCACGCACACCGGCCUAGAUUUUUGGGCCAUUGACAGUGAAGAUCGGAAGGAGCAACGCUAA